AUGGAGUUGAGUGAAGAUUUUAUAAAAAGAAAACAAAAUGUUUUAAUAUCUGACAAAAAUGAAGAUUCUUUAGAGCACCAUGUUAACAUACAAAUUAAAUCAGAAGUCGAAGAAUGCAUGUUUGAGUCCAUGUUUGAAAGUAAUUACACAGAUGGUUCUAUAUCAGAUUGUUCGACCGAUAUUAAAAUAGAAGAACACGUGUUACAUCAUGAAAUAAGUGACCCAUUCCCUGCCAUUACCAUGCAAGAAGUUAAAACAGAAAUCAAAAAAGAACUCCUUGAAUAUAAUUUAGAAGUAAACCAUGGGUGUGGUACUAUAUUUAAAAGUAAUAAUAUGAAAAAUUUAGACUCAGAGAGAGAUGCAACAUUCCAGAUAGGAGCCUCAAAGGAGAUAGAUCAUGAAAAACCUUGUUUACCUCAGAACGAGAUUAAAACAAAAUUAGAAAGAUCGUUGGGGAAUACACGGGAAAAUUCGUACAAUUGUGAAACAUGUGUGAAGAAAUUUACAGCAUUGAGAUAUUUAAAAAGGCAUUUGAAAGUGCACUCUGGAAUGACUUACGAGUGUGAAGUCUGUUCAAAGCAAUUUAAUCAAAAUGAACAUUUGAAAAAGCAUUUAAGGAUAUGCACUGGCGACAAGCCUUACAAAUGCGAAAUUUGUUUUACGCAAUUUACGCAAGCAGGAACUUUAAAAAAGCAUUUAACAAUACACACUGGAGAAAGGCCUUACAAGUGUGAAAUUUGUUCUAAGCAAUUUAGUCAAAUUGGAGAUUUAAAAAAGCAUUUAAGGAUACACACUGGCAAAAAGCCUUACAAGUGCGACAUUUGUUCUAUGCAAUUUACUCAAGUAGGAACUUUAAAAAAUCAUUUAACAAUACACACUGGAGAAAGGCCUUACAAGUGUGAAAUUUGUUCUAAGCAAUUUGUUCACAUUGGACAUUUGGAAAAGCAUUUAAGGAUACAUACGGGAGAAAAACCUUACAAGUGCGAAAUUUGUUUUAAGCAAUUUAGUGAAGCAGGAACUUUAAAAAGGCAUUUAAGGAUACACACUGGAGAAAAGCCCUACAAGUGUGAAACUUGUUCUAACCAUUUUAGUCAAAUUGGACAUUUGGAAAAUCAUUUAAGGAUACACACUGGAGAAAAGCCUUACAAGUGCGAAAUUUGUUUUAAGCAAUUUACUCAAAUUGGACAUUUGAAAAUGCAUCAUUUAAGGAUACACACUGGCGAAAAGCCUUACAAGUGUGAAAUUUGUUUUAAGCGAUUUAGUGAAGCAGGAACUUUAAAAAAGCAUUUAAGGAUACACACUGGAGAAAGUCCUUACAAGUGUGAAAUUUGUUCUAAGCAAUUUGGUCAAAUUGGACAUUUGGAACAGCAUUUAAGGAUACAUACUGGAGAAAAACCUUACAAGUGCGAAAUUUGUUUUAAGCAAUUUACUCAAAUUGGACAUUUGAAAAUGCAUCAUUUAGGGAUACACACUGGCGAAAAGCCUUACAAGUGUGAAAUUUGUUUUAAGCGAUUUAGUGCAGCAGGAACUUUAAAAAAGCAUUUAAGGAUACACACUGGAGAAAGUCCUUACAAGUGUGAAAUUUGUUCUAAGCAAUUUGGUCAAAUUGGACAUUUGGAAAAGCAUUUAAGGAUACAUACUGGAGAAAAACCUUACAAGUGCGAAAUUUGUUUUAAGCAAUUUAGUGAAGCAGGAACUUUAAAAAGGCAUUUAAGGAUACACACUGGAGAAAAGCACUACAAGUGCGAAAUUUGUUUUAAACAAUUUACUGAAGCAGGAACUUUAAAAAAGCAUUUAAGGAUACACACUGGAGAAAGGCCUUACAAGUGUGAAAUUUGUUCUAAGCAAUUUGGUCAAAUUGGACAUUUGGAAAAGCAUUUAAGGAUACACACUGGCGAAAAGCCUUACAAGUGUGAAAUUUGUUUUAAGCGAUUUAGUGAAGCAGGAACUUUAAAAAAACAUUUAAUGAUACACACUGGAGAAAAGCCGUACAAGUGCGAAAUUUGUUUUAAGCAAUUUACUCAUAUUGGACAAUUGAAAAUACAUUUAAGGAUACACACUGGCGAAAAGCAUUACAAGUGCGAAAUUUGUUUUACGCAAUUUAAUCAAGCAGGAUCUUUGAAAAAGCAUUUAACAAUACACACUGGAGAAAAGCCUUACCAAGUGCGAAAUUUGUUCUAA